GUCUGACGCCUGUCCCCCGGCAGUUAAACCGCCUCUUAUUCACACAAGAGAAAAACAGCGAAACAGGACACGCAGAGAUCACUGUGAGACAUCAGACAUGGGCAAAGGCGGCGGUACAUUUGAGAGACUGUUGGAUAAAGCUACCAGUCAGCUGCUGCUGGAGACAGACUGGGAGUCCAUUUUGCAGAUAUGUGACCUCAUUCGCCAAGGAGAUACACAGGCAAAAUAUGCAAUUGGCGCCAUCAAGAAGAAACUCAGUGACAAAAAUCCACACGUAGUCAUUUAUGCUCUUGAGGUUCUGGAGUCAGUGGUGAAGAACUGUGGCCAGACGAUUCACGAUGAAGUGGCCUGUAAGGUGACAAUGGAAGAGCUGAAAGAGCUGUUCAAGAAACAACCUGAACUGAACGUGAAGAACAAGAUCCUUUAUCUCAUCCAGGCCUGGGCCCACGCCUUCCGCAACGAGCCCAAGUACAAAGUCGUUCAGGACACUUAUCAGAUCAUGAAAGUGGAAGGUCAUGUCUUCCCAGAAUUCAAGGAGAGUGAUGCCAUGUUUGCUGCAGAGAGGGCCCCUGAUUGGGUAGAUGCAGAGGAAUGCCACAGAUGUCGGGUUCAGUUUGGAGUAAUGACCCGAAAGCAUCACUGCAGGGCAUGUGGGCAGAUUUUCUGUGGGAAAUGCUCUUCUAAGUGCUCUACCAUUCCUAAGUUUGGCAUUGAGAAGGAGGUGCGUGUGUGUGAGCCCUGCUUCGAGAUUCUCAACAAGAAAGCUGAAGGGAAGAGCACCAACUCUGGGCAGUCUGAGCUCCCCCCUGAGUACCUGACCAGCCCUCUGUCCCAGCAGUCUCAGAUGCCUCCUAAAAGAGACGAGGCGGCGCUCCAGGAGGAAGAGGAACUGCAGCUGGCCAUCGCUCUGUCUCAGAGUGAAGCUGAGGAGAAGCAGAGGAUGAGACAUAAGAACACAUACACUGCAUACCCUAAAGCUGAUCCCACCCCUGUGACUUCCUCUGCCCCACCUGCCAGCACUCUCUACACCUCUCCUGUGAACUCAUCAGCUCCGUCUGCUGAAGAAGUGGAUCCAGAGCUGGCUCGUUAUCUGAAUAGAACUUACUGGGAGAAGAAACAAGAAGAGGCUCGGAAGAGUCCCACCCCCUCCGCUCCUGCCCCGGUGUCACUGCCUGAGCCUGUGCCAAUCAGCCAACCAGUGGAGAGCCACACCCCAGUCCAACCCAUCAACAUAGUGGAGGUACAAGGAGCACUAAAAAAUCCAAAGAGUCCAUUCCUGAGAAUGGUCCAUUUUUUUUGUGCUACUUUUCUUACUGAGAUUCUUGUGUCUCCUCAGCAGCAGUAUCAGAAUGGCGAAUCGGAGGAGAACCACGAGCAGUUCCUGAAAGCCUUGCAGAAUGCAGUCACCACCUUCCUCAACCGCAUGAAGAGCAACCACAUGCGCGGACGCAGCAUCACCAAUGACAGCGCGGUGCUCUCUCUCUUCCAGUCCAUAAACAACAUGCACCCACAGCUGCUCGAGAUUCUCAACCAGCUGGACGAGAAGAGAUUAUACUACGAGGGACUUCAGGACAAACUGGCGCAGGUGCGUGAUGCUCGAGCGGCUCUGAACGCUCUGAGAGAUGAACACAGAGAGAAACUUCGGAGGGCUGCGGAGGAAGCCGAGAGACAGAGACAAAUGCAGCUCGCUCAGAAACUGGAGAUCAUGAGGCAGAAGAAACAGGAGUACCUGGCAAUGCAGAGGCAGCUGGCCAUUCAACGUCUGCAGGAGCAGGAGAAGGAGAGACAGAUGCGUCUGGAGCAGCAGAAACACACCAUACAGAUGAGAGCACAGAUGCCUGCAUUCUCUCUGCCUUACGCCCAGAUGCAGUCACUGCCACAUAAUGUGGCAGGAGGGGUGGUGUAUCCCCCUGCUGGGCCUCCAAGUUACCCAGGCACGUUCAGCCCUGCUGGUUCAGUGGAAGGGUCGCCCAUGCAUGGUGCCUAUAUGAACCAGCCUGGACAGACAGGUGCUGGUGGGCCAUACCAGGCCAUGCCUGUGUCUGCUACAGAUCCCAACAUGGUGAACGCUUACAUGUACCAGACCGCCGGCAACAACGGACAGCCUGCUGCUCCGGGACAAGCCCCUCCCUCAACCACCCCUGCCUAUACUAAUUACCAGCCCACACCCACACAGGGAUACCAGAAUGUGGUGUCUCAAGCUCAGAGUUUGCCCCCUAUGUCCCAGGCUGCCCCUACCAAUGGCAUGGCCUAUAUGGGCUACCAGCCAUACAGCAUGCAGAAUAUGAUGACAGCUCUUCCAGGACAAGACCCCAACAUGCCCCCCCAACAGCCGUACAUGCCUGGGCAACAGCCGAUGUACCAGCAGAUGGCUCCCCCUGGUGGUCCACAGCAGCCAUCACAACAACAGCACCAGCACCAGCACCAGCAGGCUCCUCCAGGCAGCGCAGAGGCUCAGCUUAUUUCGUUUGACUGAUAGCUCACCAUAUAUAUGCCUUUGCCCCACACUACAUUCAACAUCCCCCUUCCCCUGCAGUUACUAAGUGUAUUGCCCUGUUCCCUCUACCUGCCCUCUCACUUCACUUUAUUCAACAACUAUUGAAAAUGUAGAAACAUUGUAAAAGCAUUUGACUGUCUAAGUCCCCUCUACCUUUUCUUGCCUUUUUACAUAAAGAAGGAUCAGUAACAUCUGCAGUAACAUGUCCAUUUCAUAAUUCACCCCAAAAUCAAAAGAAUACAUUUAUAAAUUGUAUUUUGCAUUAAGAAAAUUAAGCUAUUUUUAUUUAAAAACAAACUGCAUUGCCGUUAUUGUCAUGCACAGUAGACACACUUUCCUCAAUUACCGUAAUGCAAAAAAAAAAUAUUGCUCAUGACUAGUACAAAAAAAGUACUACAAUUGUAAACGAUUUACACUGCAAUGUAGCAUUUGUUGUACUGCAUUUAUUUUUCUAUUUACAAUUUAACUAAAUCAUUUUACUACAGUGUCUGUUACUGCAAUACAGUGAAAAUGAUUGUUUUACAGACUGGAGAGUCAUAUAAAAAAAAAUAGGAAAAAAGGAAAAUGUCCAGAUGCAUUGUGGUAGUAAAAAUUUAAUUGUCAUGAAAAUGUCACAAUGCAAAAAUGGUUAUUGUCCUGAAACUAGGCUUCAUUUUCUUUUUGGGGUUAAAUGUGACCCGGAUAUGUUGUCGUAAGAACUGCAAACUCAUUUCCUCAUUCCCUUGAUUUCCCCAAAUGAUGUUUUUCAUUAAAAAACAAAGGUGAUGCAUAGUUACCCAGUUAUAACAGAGUUAAAAACAAUAUUAAUCUAAAAGACAAGACAUCACUCUCAUAUUUUUCUAAGAGAUGUUUGCAUGUGGAAACUUCUUUUCAGAGGUGGCAGUGAGGGUCUGAGUGAGUUUUUCAGCACCGAUUUACUCAAAUAUUCUAAAAAUCAGGUCUAAGAGUCGCCGGUUCUGGUUUCCAUAUGACAAAACUGCAGUAUGAGAUUAAAGUAAUAUUUCAAAUGAACUGACAUUCUGUGUUUCACAGUGUUGUGUAAUUCACAUCAACUUUACUGCAACAUCACCAAUUCUGAAUGUCACAUUCUGUUUACAGAAUCACACAAGCAGGGGCUCAAGCCUGACCGCUCAGAACUGUUGGCCGACUAUGGGAAACAAUUGAUCUCAAAGCACAGUUUCAUUACUAAUUAACUGCAGCUGGAAAUUGAGCACCGCAUCAAUAUCGCACAAAAGCCAGUCUAUGUUUAAACAGUGAGUUUUAAAACUAUUGACUGCCUAUGGUAAUAUGGAUGGUUAAGAGAGAGAGAAAAUGCAUCUGAAUGAAAGUGAACUGCAUGUCUGUAACAUGACUUCUGUAACCCCUUUAAUAUCAUCUUUCUUCCAUCAUACUUAUACACCUGACUUAAAAAAACUGCUUAUUUAAUAAAUCUCUUCUUCUGUUAUUGGUCAUACAAUAGUGAAAUUGCUUCUUUUUCUUGUCUCUGAAAAUAUUAUGUGCAAAAUAAAACAAAAUGUG